AUGAUGAUGAAUCAAAGGAUCAUAGAUCAUUUUUUGUUAAUGGUCUUCCUAUGUCUGAGUUAUGAUGGGGUACGAGGAACAAAGUUGUCCAAACAAGAAGAUAAUUUGGAGUUGGAGAAGCAACUAGAAGUCCUAAAUAAACCUCCAAUUAAAACCAUUAAGACUAAAUAUGGCGAUAUAUAUGAUUGUGUGGAUUUCUAUAAACAACCUGCAUUUGAUCAUCCUUUAUUAAAGAAUCAUAAUUACCAUCCUCAGAUGAAACCAUCAUAUUCUAUGAUAGAGAGCAUUUCAACUACAUCAACAAGUAAUUACAAAUUAUCAAAAAUUAGAUUAUCCGAUAAAGGAUGUCCAGUUGGAACCGUUCCUAUCAGAAGGAUCACCAAAGAAGAUCUCAUUAGACAUAAACUUAUGCCUCCAUCAGAAGAUGUGACGUUCAACAAUUUACUCAAUCGUUUUGCAAUCCUUCAUACUGAAGACUCUCCCGAUAACAAAUUUGGUGGAGCUGGGGUUGACCCUGCCUUGUAUGGUGACAACUUAACUAGGCUAUUCAUACAUUUCACGGAUGGUAAAACUAGUGGUUGUAUAUGUCCUGGAUUUGUUCUCCUAAACACACAAAUACCUAUAGAUGGAGUAUUUGAACCCGUUUCACAACGUGGAGGGAAUAUAUCUGAUAUAGGGCUUUCGAUAAAUUGGGAUCAAGAAAAUGGAAAUUGGUGGUUGUUCUCUACGGAGUCUAAUACACCAUUUGGUUUUUGGCCUCGAGAAGUAUUUGAUAACGAUUUUGCAUAUUUUGCAACGAGAGUUGAAUGGGGUGGAGUGGUAUGUAGUCCACCGGGAAUACUCGAACCUCCCAUGGGUUCAAGUUUUUUCCCUAUCGAAAACAUUAGUCAUGAUGCAUUUUGCAAAAAUAUGACACUUUUAGGUUAUAGAGGUGAUCGUCUAGAAAGUCAAUUGUCCACAUUUUUAUCCGAUAGUCAUUUGUAUAAUGUCUCCACUAUUCCUGAUUUGAUGUAUUAUGGUGGACCUGGUGAAAAAUAG